GGGAUCAGCUGAGGCUGAGGCAAGCCGGGAGGAGAGGAGGGCGGCCCAGGGGGCUGGCGGCUGGGCUGGCUCUGGCUCCCCGGCAUGAGCAGCGUCCACCUACCGCAGCCAACACCCUUCUUUCACCCCAGGUCCUUCUCAGCCUCCGGCCAGACUCUCCCUGGGCAGGGCUGAGGCUCCUCUCCUCCGCUCCCCACUUCUGCCUGGAACGCUCACCAUGGGGACACCUACCAGGAGGAAAUCACACUUGCUAAUGCUGGCCGCUGUGGCCCUUGUCUCCACUCCAGCUUGGAGCUCAGCCUGGGGAUCCCCGGCCACCUUUGGGCCUGUCUUUGAAGACCAGCCCCUCGGUCUGCUAUUCCCAGAGGAGUCCACAGAGGAGAAGGUGACACUGGCAUGCCGUGCCCGGGCCAGCCCUCCGGCCACCUACAGGUGGAAGAUGAAUGGCACCGAGAUGAAGCUGGAGCCAGGCACCCGCCACCAGCUGGUUGGGGGCAACCUGGUCAUCAUGAACCCCACCAAAGCCCAGGACGCCGGCGUCUACCAGUGCCUGGCCUCCAACCCAGUGGGCACCGUUGUCAGCAGGGAGGCUGUCCUCCGCUUUGGCUUCCUGCAGGAAUUCUCCAAGGAGGAGCGAGACCCAGUGAAAACCCACGAAGGUUGGGGUGUGAUGUUGCCCUGUAACCCACCCGCCCACUACCCAGGCUUGUCCUACCGCUGGCUCCUCAACGAGUUCCCCAACUUCAUCCCUACGGACGGGCGUCACUUCGUGUCCCAGACCACAGGGAACCUGUACAUUGCCCGGACCAAUGCCUCAGACUUGGGCAACUACUCCUGCCUGGCCACAAGCCACAUGGAUUUCUCCACCAAGAGCGUCUUCAGCAAGUUUGCUCAGCUCAACCUGGCUGCAGAAGACACCAGGCUCUUUGCCCCCAGCAUCAAGGCCCGGUUCCCAGCAGAGACCUAUGCACUGGUGGGGCAGCAGGUCACCCUGGAGUGCUUCGCCUUCGGGAACCCCGUCCCCAGGAUCAAGUGGCGCAAAGUGGAUGGUUCCUUGUCCCCACAGUGGGCCACAGCCGAGCCCACCCUGCAGAUCCCCAGCGUAGGCUUUGAGGACGAAGGCACCUACGAGUGUGAGGCGGAGAACUCCAAGGGCCGCGACACCGUCCAGGGCCGCAUCAUCGUGCAGGCUCAGCCCGAGUGGCUCAAGGUGAUCUCAGACAUGGAGGCUGACAUCGGUUCCAACCUGCACUGGGAAUGCGCAGCCGCCGGCAAGCCCCGGCCCACAGUGCGCUGGCUUCGGGAUGGGGAUCCUCUGGCCUCCCAGGCCCGGGUAGAAGUGCUGGCCGGGGACUUGCGAUUCUCCAAGCUGAGCCUAGAGGACUCAGGCAUGUACCAGUGUGUGGCGGAGAACAAGCACGGCACCAUCUACGCCAGUGCCGAGCUGGCCGUGCAAGCACUUGCCCCCGACUUUAGGCUGAAUCCUGUAAGGCGUCUGAUCCCCGCAGCCCGAGGGGGAGAGAUCGUUAUCCCCUGUCAGCCCAGGGCAGCUCCGAAGGCCGUGGUGCUCUGGAGCAAAGGCACUGAGAUUUUGGUCAACAGCAGCAGAGUGACUGUAACUCCGGAUGGCACCUUGAUCAUAAGAAACAUCAGUCGGUCAGAUGAAGGCAAAUAUACCUGCUUUGCUGAGAAUUUCAUGGGCAAAGCCAACAGCACGGGCAUCCUGUCUGUGCGAGAUGCAACCAAGAUCACUCUAGCCCCCUCGAGUGCCGACAUCAACUCGGGAGAUAACCUGACCCUGCAGUGCCACGCCUCCCACGACCCCACCAUGGACCUCACCUUCAUCUGGACCCUGGACGACUUCCCCAUCGAUUUCGACAAGCCUGGGGGUCACUACCGAAGGGCCAGUGUGAAGGAGACGGUUGGGGAUCUGACCAUCAUGAACGCCCAGCUGCGCCACGGUGGGAAGUACACAUGCAUGGCCCAGACGGUGGUGGACAGUGCAUCUAAGGAGGCCACAGUCCUGGUCCGAGGUCCGCCAGGUCCCCCAGGAGGCGUGGUUGUGAGAGACAUCGGUGACACCACUGUCCAGCUCAGCUGGAGCCGUGGCUUUGACAACCACAGCCCCAUUGCCAAGUACACCCUGCAAGCUCGCACUCUACCUGCAGGGAAGUGGAAGCAGGUUCGGACCAAUCCCGCCAACAUCGAGGGCAACGCCGAGACCGCCCAGGUGCUGGGCCUCACGCCCUGGAUGGACUAUGAGUUCCGGGUCUCAGCCAGCAACAUCCUGGGCACUGGGGAGCCCAGUGGGCCCUCCAGCAAAAUCCGGACCAAGGAAGCAGCCCCUUCGGUGGCACCCUCAGGUCUCAGAGGAGGUGGUGGAGCCCCUGGAGAGCUCAUUGUCAACUGGACGCCCAUGUCCCGGGAGUACCAGAACGGAGACGGCUUCGGCUACCUGCUGUCCUUCCGCAGGCAGGGCAGCACUAGCUGGCAGACCGCGCGGGUGCCCGGCGCCGAUGCCCAGUACUUCGUCUACAGCAACGAGAGCGUCCGGCCUUACACGCCCUUUGAGGUCAAGAUCCGCAGCUACAACCACCGCGGGGAUGGGCCUGAGAGCCUCACCGCGAUCGUGUACUCGGCUGAGGAAGAGCCCAGGGUGGCCCCUACCAAGGUCUGGGCCAAAGGGGUCUCAUCCUCAGAGAUGAACGUGACCUGGGAACCGGUGCGGCAGGACAUGAAUGGUAUCCUCCUGGGGUACGAGAUCCGCUACUGGAAAGCCGGGGACAAAGAAGCAGCUGCUGACCGAGUGAGGACAGCAGGGCUAGACACCAGUGCCCUAGUCACCGGCCUACACUACAACACCAAGUACCACGUGACUGUGAGGGCCUACAACCGGGCCGGCACUGGGCCGGCCAGCCCUUCCGCCAAUGCCACGACCGUGAAGCCCCCUCCACGGCGACCCCCUGGCAACAUCUCCUGGACUUUCUCGAGCUCCAGUCUUAGUAUUAAGUGGGACCCUGUGGUCCCGCUCCGAAAUGAGUCUGCAGUCACAGGCUAUAAGAUGCUGUACCAGAACGACUUACACCCGACUCCCACGCUCCACCUCACCAGCAAGAACUGGAUAGAAAUUGCGGUUCCUGAAGACAUUGGCCAUGCCCUGGUGCAGAUUCGGACCACAGGGCCAGGGGGGGACGGGGUCCCGGCAGAAGUCCACAUCGUGAGGAAUGGAGGCACAAGCAUGAUGGUGGAGAACUCGGCAGGCUGUCCAGUCCCACAUCCUGGCACCGUCCUUUGUCACUCCGUGGCGACGCUGAUCCUCAUAGGCUACCUGGAGCUCUGAUCUCGGCACCCCUCCCUCUCUGCCACAGCUGGACACCCACCGCCGUUGGACACAGCCAGCUGGCCCCAGUCCCUUCCCAAUGCCAAGGUGGCCCAACACUGUGCCUGAGAAUGACUGGUUUUAAAUACCUACUUUAAACAGUGCCCUUUUCGUAGGAGGUAGGAUAUUUCAUAUUCUGCCACAGGAUAGAACCCAUGCGAGGAUUUUUUUUCUUUAAAUCAAGAGGCACCAGACAGUAAGUUCCAUGAUGAUACUGAACCCUAUGCCUGGGCCCUCUAGGGUGCCUGGAUGGAAGGAAGACCUACAGGAAGAAGGGGGUUUAAACAUGUAUCUGCGCAUCUGCGGAGAUAGCACUCUGGGGCCGCAUAUGGCCUCUGCUCCAGAGAGCGGAGUCCUAAGCCCGGGAACACUGGACAGGAAUGGGACAAAGCUUACACAGCAGCAUCUCUCAGUCUAAGGAGAGGCCCAAACCUGGGGGCCAGGGACUCUCCUACUUUCUCCUCUUACAGGACAGCAUGGCUGGACCCUGACAUUGUCCUGGAUAACUCCCUGGAGGCCCCUGCCACCUGCCUAGAUGGCUGAGAACCAGUGCUCUGGUGUCUGAGGCCGGGGGCCUGAGCCCCUGCAGCUCUGGGGGGCGACGCUCCCGACUGCUGGGUGGGAGCUAAGAAGGGUUGAGAAGCUGAGACUCCUGGUGGAAAGGGGCACCAGACUUGGCCUGAGGCACAGUCACAAUCCAGGUGACGUUGCCCUCUUAGCCAAUACUGCCAACCCGACCCUGUCACCCCAGAGUGACAGAAGCCACUACAGGUGGCUGGGUGACUAAAGGGCUUGUCUUGGGCAGGUCCCCCACCGCACCAAGCCCCAGCCUGCACGGUCCCUCCCGGGUUUGGGUAGGAGGCAGGAGUGCCUCCACCGUCCUCCUCCAGCAGAAUGCAGCUGUAAUUCUGUGUGUCUGGAGUCAGGAGUCUUCUGAGAAGGGCAAAGGAUAAAUGCGGCCCUACCUGCUCGCAGGAAUGCCCUGGGCCACCUGGCAACCCGUCCCCCAGGCUGCCUCGGAUGCUCUUUUGCACUCCCCCAGAAGACAAAGGGGUAAAUAAAUGGGACAUCUUAGCUUGCGCUCUGGGUGUAUUACCAGUCACAGCACGUCAGAGCUGGAAGAGGCUUUAGACCUCACUGGGCCCAAGCCCCCACUCUACAGGUGAGGUAAUGGAGUUGGAAGGGGCAGGGCCUUCCUCAGGUCACACAGCCUGUCAGUGAUGGGGCUGGGAUAGCACUCUUCCCCCACCUUCCUGUCCCAGGCUCUUUGUCUAUCCAGAGGAAGGGGGCAGUGCUGAAUGGCAAUGACCUGGUUAAGAAGGUGGUUAAGAAGGGCAGUGGGCUAUGAAAAUUCUGCUUCAAGAGGUUCAGGUGGGUGAUGGUGGGGUGAUCGGCAUGGCGGGGUCCCAACCCAAGGCGUAUGCAGACUACAGGAGACCCAGUCUUUCUUUGCCUUCUGAGCCUAGCUUCUGCUGGGACCUCAAUAUGCAGUGCUGGCUUGAAGCCCCCUGUUCCCCUUGCCCUUGCUCCAAGAAAAGAGGCCAAAGCAAGGACAGGAAUUCCCCAAAUCCAGGCAGCAGUGGUGGCACAACCAGGAAAUUCCAAAGCCUAUGUUGUGACAGGUGGCCCUUCACAUAUAGGAGCAGCGGGACAGGCAUCUUGUAGGGCACAGGCCCCCUGAGCCUGGUUUCUGUAGUUUACAGUUAGAGCUCUAUUUUGUUAUGGUUUUUAAAUUUUUUAAGUCCUGCUCUAUUUUCCUGGGCAGGUUUAUGUUGGUGUUUACCCACUACAAUUUUUAAAAAAUGUAAGCUCACAUGCCUUCUCCCUGCCACCACUGAACCUACCACCCUGCCCCUGGCCCGGGACUGCCUCCUUGGAGCCCUCCAAUCAAACCCUCCUCACCUGCUCCCAUCCUACACCCCCAUGCGAGGUGCUGGGGGCUCAGCUGAGUGACCAUUCUUCCGUUGCAGGGACCCAAACUUGGUCUAGCAUCCAAUCUGGUCCCCCGUGGCUGUGGUUUGGCCUGUACCCAGCUCUAUCAGAAAGGGGGUGCUGAAAGUAGAAAACCUUCUUCCAAAGUUCAGCUGAUUCUUUCCUCACUGCCUUGGCUGCGGCAGGAGCAGCAAGGGGACAGGGGUCUAGAUGCUGGGCCGAGAGGGCUGGGCUGGACCGGCACAGGAACUCACCUGUGCAGCUGGAGGCUGCAGCCCCUAAGCUUGCGUGAGGCAAGAGAGAACGACUAAGAGUCUUAGCUCUGUGGAGGCAGACAGACCCUCUGGGAAACCCAGGAAGGGUUUUUCUAACUAGGAGAACUCAGCCUCAGGAAAACGUAAGCCCCGUGCAGGGAGAACUUGUUUGGGGGACACAGAGCUGGACUAAAAUGGAUGUUCCUGCAGGCCAAGACUCAGGCAGAGUGCUGAUUUAAGACUGAAUAAGACAGCAGGUGGCUUGAAGACACGCAGGCAUGUAAAAGGGAACAGCCUGUUGGUGAGGUGACUGCACAGGAGCUGGUGUGGAGGCAGAAGAAGAGAUCAGACAGCUUCUCAGAGUCCCUUCCUGCCCAAGAGGACUGACUGUCGCCUUCGCUGCCCGCAUGGGUUGAGGCUCGCUCCUGCUGUGGUAACGACUCGAUCCUGGAUCUCUCCCCUCUCACACGCCAAGCCCCAGACAGGCAACCAAGGGGAAACAGCCACAAACCAGUACUUCACCCUACAGCUUAGUGACCAGCAAGUGCCUGAGGACUAGGGACAGGCAGCGCUUCAGGGCUCGGGAGAGUCUCCUUUCUGCGUACGUUGGGGCUCAGCCUAUAGCGCCCUUUGCCCCGGCCCUGGCUACUCGGCCCUGGUUGCUCCAACAGCCCAGAUGUAUACCUCACCCUUGGGGGGAGGGCAGCUCUCUUCAGGUGGAGCCUCAGGGCCCAGCGCGAUUGGGUUACCUACUUUCAUCCAGGGAAUCAAAUGAUACAGGUGAUGGCAGGGAACAGGAGAGCCAUGGGCGGUGGGGGGGGGGGGGGGGGAACGCUCUUUUUGAUAAAAUGACAGGAGAGACGUCAGAAAAAAACAUCUGCAAGGAGACCCUGGACUGAGUAAUUGAGAGGCUUCUUCCUUUUGUAGGGACCUUUGAGAAAUUUUGACAGCUGUUUGUCUUGGGGUCUAGGGUAGGUGAAGACUGGAGGGGACGCUGCAAGUGUCCUUCAGGGCUGGGAUUCUUGGAAUCAAAAUGUGCUCAGCACAGGAAGAGUCUUGGAGCUCCUACCUGCUGGGGCCCCUGCAGCAUGCAGGGGGGAGUGACUGCAGUCACAGUCAUUUACGCGGCAAGGCUCACCCCAGGCGUUCUUUUCCCAGCACACACCGCUGCCUCUUGGCAGCCGCAGGAGCCAGGCUAGUCUACUCUGGGCAAGAGCCCGAGCUGGCUCUAGAAUGUUUCACUCCCUUCAUCUCUUCCCCAGCUAGAGGACUGUGUGCUUCCUGAUCUCAGAAUACGACCGCCUACUGGGCUCCUCUGUAUCGGAGGGAUAGCCGUAUCCUCAAACCUGGGUUUGAGGCAUAGGUGUAGCUAUUUCCCUGGCUCAGACCUAACCUGGGCUUCAUCCUGGAGAUGAGCAAGGUUGCCAGAGAGGCUCCUGGAGUGGCAUGAGGGAUUAGAUGGGCACUUCCAAGGAACUUCAAAGAGCUCCAUGGAAAGAGGUGCCUGGUAGCUGUAUAUAUGGUCAUAGGCUUUGGGAAGGCGGGACAAUAAAGGGAAACUGGAGAGGAAAAAACAAAUGGGUCUGAUAGCUUUCCCCAGAGCCCUAGGAAGCCUCAUGCCCUCAGAUGGGGUGCACCCUGCUUUGGCCCCCAGACUCCAACUGACCCACCCCCUCCAGGGCCUGCAUAGCUUAGAAAAGCUCACAGCUGGGCAAGGGUUGGGGCUUCAUUGGACCACUGACUUAACUCAGUUUUUGUUAAAAUGGACCCGCUCCCACUGACCUAUUGUCUGUCUCUCUUACACUUCUUAUAAUGGUAGUUAUUUAUUGACUCUGGUAGCGGGCAGUUCUUAAAUAAAGAUGGUUUCUCAACCUGC